GUUUUUACGCAGUUCCAAUUACUGCGCCGUCGCACCCUUCACCCACCAUGGAGGUAAGGCACUUCUCUUCGUCAUCAAGAAUGCUAUCGUUACAUGCACCAUGCAUUCCCUGCUGCUACCAAGACCCACCGAGUGAGUCGACUGGCGCAGCGUACACGGAGGCAAGACAAAUGCUAGGCAACACCCCUACGCUUCCACGUUUAACCGCCACCGACUGCGACGGCGCCGAGCUUUGCCAUGCAUCGAACGUACAAAAGCACAGCGCCGCCUAUCGCGGCAAACAUCGCGACAUCCUUCGUGAAAAGAAUCGCCAAUGGAAACUCGCCAACAAGGAGCGCGUGGCGGCUCAAAAGGCCGCAUAUCGCGAGAAGCACCGGGAAAAAAUCCGUGCCCAUGACCGAGCCAUCUACCGGAUGAAGACCCAAGCGACCCAGCAAGUCGCACCUUCGCCCUCCACGUUGUUCGAGCCGCCUAGAUCGAACGUUGCUACGAUGGGCAAUGGCGGCGACACCAGUCCUAGGUCGUUCACGGAGCUAUUGUACCCAUGCUUACAGCUCCCCCAUCCUCCAGCAUCAUCGACAAUAUCACCGCUUGACGAACGCUUUCAUCCGUCGACCAAUGGCAGUACUCCGUUGAUCCCUCCCAUGUUAACAGAAGCCCGCGUAGCCCCCCCUCUUUCCCAUCGAUUGGUGGUCGUUGCCGAGAAAGUUGCUGGCUCCCAGCGCAACGCCGUUGACGUGGCCAGUGUCACCACAUACCCACUUCAACCGAUGGUUCCUUGUUCUUCAAACAAGGAAGAAGUAGUAGUUUGUAGCAGACCUUUAGAGCGUGAACCCAGCCUUAAGCAGCAGCAACGUCGAAAUCGCAACCUCACCAAGCAGCUCGAGUACGACCGUACGUACCGCCGCCGCCAUCAGGCCAAACUCGCGUUGAAAAGCCGACAGUACUACCUAACGAGUAAAGACAAAGUGAUCGAGUACAAGGCAGCUCAUAGGGACCAGGUGCUUGCUGCCAGUCGCGAGUGGAAAGCGCGCAAUAAGGAGCGCGUCCAGGCCCAGCGGAAAGCAUAUCGGGAGCGGAAUCUCGACAGGAUUCGGGAACAUGAUCGAGCAAUGUAUCGCGCCAAGAAGGCGGCCCAGAGAACGAGCGGAGUGGGAGUAGAAUCGACGGGAGCGGGAGUAGAAUUAUCGACGGAAUCCGUGGUCGUGCUCUAACAAAGAUGUAUCAAGUACGUUGUAA